UUUUGCAAUAAUUAAUCGUAUAUACGAUAAUGUACACUAUAGCAAUGAUUAGACUUUCCUAAUUGGGACGGACGGGCUGUCACCGCGAUCGGAAAUCGGUUUUGACGGUCCGUUUUUCUGGUGGUCAAAUUUAAACCUAAAAUUUCUUUUUGCAUACAAAAAGACAUGAACCAGAGCAAAUCGAUGAGCGAUCUAGCCGUCUUACAUAAAUGAACUCAUUAGUCACAUUUACUAAUUGUCAUUACAAGACAUCCUAUAUAUAUUGAUAAGGAUCCCAGACAAUUGAACCUUUCUCAAACAUUCAUUUACCAUCCUAUUGUCGUAGUAUUAUUUAACAUCAUUCAAUUCAAUUCAAUCCAUUGCUUUUUCAUAAUAUAGAAAUUAUUUAGAGAACAUAACAGAUGAGUACGCCUGAUCAAGAAGAUCACAAUUCAAUACACUCGAUUCAUGAGGCUAUACCAAGUGAGCCUAACGAUGAACAGUUAGAAAGACAACUCACCAAUGCAUCUGUCGUUUCCAUACAGGCUCUGCCUAACUUCAAUGAAAUAUCAUUACCCCAUGAAAUACUAUUUAUAGGAUUAAUCUGUAUGUCACAAUUACUUACCCAAGCGGCUGUAUCACAAACUAUGAAUACAUCAGAACAAGUGGCUGAUACAUUUGGGGUAGAGAGUAAUCCAGGUGAAAUAUCUUGGUUUUCAGCCUCAUUUUCAUUAACUGUUGGUACAUUUAUUUUAAUUUCAGGUAGAUUGGGUGAUAUGUAUGGUUAUAAAAGAAUGUAUAUCGUGGGGUAUGCUUGGUUUUGUAUAUUUUCAUUAAUAACCGGGUUUGCUGCCUUUGCAAAAUCAUCUAUCUUCUUUGAUGUUAUGAGAGCUUGUCAAGGUAUGGGACCAGCUAUAAUGAUGCCAAAUUCUCAGGCUAUUAUUGGAAGUUAUUAUCCUCCAGGAGGUAGAAAAAAUAUUUGUAUGGCAGCUUUUGGUGCUGUUGCUCCCACUGGAUUCAUAUUCGGAGCCAUAUUUAGUGGUAUCUUUUCUCAAUUAGUAUGGUGGCCAUGGACAUUUUGGGUUUGUGGUAUGGUCUCUGCUUUAGUAGCUACUAUUGCAUUUUUUGUCAUUCCUGCAAAAAUUGGUAUCAGAUCAGCAGGAUCUUUUGAUUAUCUUGGUUCUUUCUUUGGAGUCACUGGAUUAGUAUUAAUAAAUUUUUCUUGGAAUCAAGGACCUGUGGUUGGAUGGCAUGUACCAUAUGUUUACGUUUUACUCAUUAUAGGAUUUAUAAGUAUGGGUAUCUUUGUUUACGUGGAAAAGAAAGUUAAGGAUCCAUUAGUUCCACCCGAAGUUUUGAGUGGAGAAACUGGAUUUGUAUUAGCAUGUAUUGCGGCUGGUUGGUCAUGUUUUGGAGUUUGGUUAUUCUAUACUUUCCGUUGGUCACUUUUAAUUGAUGGUGAUGGACCAAUAUUAUCAGCUACCAAGAAUAUUCCAAGUUUGUUCACUGGUUAUGUAGCAGCUUUUAUGACUGCCUAUUUAGUGAGGAAAAUCCCAUCAUCAUUAAUUCUAUUCUUAGCCAUGCUUUCAUUUUUAGUGGGUAUCGUAUUAAUGGGUACAAGACCCGUGGGUCAAAAUUAUUGGGCUCAAAAAUUCGUUAGUUUAAUCAUCACACCAUUUGGAAUGGAUAUGUCUUUCCCAGCUGGUUGUAUUAUAUUAAGUACUACAUUACCAAAAUCCCAACAAGGUAUAGCUGGUUCGUUAGUAUCGACCUUUGUGAAUUAUUCUAUUUCCAUUGGUUUAGGGUUCGCAGGUACAGUUCAAUACUAUAUGACCAAAGAUAUGGAUCCGAAUUCCAUUGAAACUACUAUUUACGGAAUGAGAAUGGCUUUCCGUAUGGGGAUGGGAUUAGCAGGAUUAGGGGUUUUAGUUUCAGCUUUAUUCAUGGUACUUCAGUAUAGAUAUAAUAAGAAACAAGCUCUUCUUGCUCAAGAACAAAUUACAGAGAAAACCACACCUGAUUCGGCUGAAUCAAAGGAAUCUGACGAAGAUGAAGUUGAAAAUGUUCAGUGAACAGUCAAUUAUUAGAAUCAAUUAUUUAUUUGUUAAUAGAAUAUUUAUUAGUGUAAAUACAUAAAUAAUAAUAUUUAAUCUUGAUUUGU